CCACUCCUCUGUUCUCCCUGCCUAUUGUCUUCCGCGCAUGCGCACAGUCCACCGUUGCCAAGAAACAGCCCAAACAGCAUCCAGAGGAAACAGCAUGGCAACGCAUUACAGUUCUGGCCAGUAUGAGGAUGCCUAUGCUCCCCAGAACUUGCGGAACUGGGGCCUUCCAAGAGUAACUAAACAGCACCCUUCCACCCGAGAAGGUUAUACGCAAUUUAUAGCCGAUGACAGAGGACAUCUGCUCCCGACAAUCCCACGUUCAAAGGCUUCCCCUUGGGGUACCUACUUGGGCACCUGGGAUAUGCCACUGAAGAUUCCUCCAGCCAAAGUGAACCUCACCUGCCGCUCAGUGGACGCAGCGGCCCGACUCACAGAGUGGGUCAACAAAGCGGAGGUCCUGCGCAGUGCCUGCAAUGGUUUCAGCCCAGAAAUCAUCGGCAAGCCAAGCGACCCUCCUGCACAUCCCACCAAAGAGACUUCUGCCAAACUUGGAGGGCCUUCGAGCAGAGGCUCCGAGGGGAAAAUGCCAGCUCAAGAAGCAGUCAAAUCCAGCGGGAUGGCCAGCCCUAAGCACCCCCUCUCCCGCCAGCCUGGCUGUAUUGAUGUCCGAUUGAAAAAAGAGGUUUCGUCCGAUGCCCCAGCCUUUCAGGAGCCGGAUUCCAAGGACCUGAGACAAAGAAGUGGCAGUCAGGUCCCGCUCUCACGCCAACCUGGCUCCAUGGACGUCCGGGUCAAAGACAUGGCGAGCCCCAAGACCUCAGCCACAAGCCGCCCCAACUCCAGAGAGUUUACUCCUCCAAGGAGAGCCAUUUCGGCAGAGACCCCUGCCUUGAACCGGCCUCGGUCGCUGGAAGGGAAAUCCAAAGGGGUCAGCACCCCUGAACUGUUGGCUUCCUGUUGCCCGGGAACCAUGGAAGCCAAGCCGAAAAGUGCCGUCUCACUCGAGGCGCUGUCUCCCAGCAGGCCUUUGACAAAAGCCAGCCAUGUUUCGGAGAUUAGUAAGGCUGCAUCCGAAAGGGAAGGGGCAACCAAAUCUUGCCUUGGAGAAACAUGCAGUUAAAUGUCCCUCUCAAGGUCCAAACAAACGUAUUCUAUUAGGAUGACUGGAAGUUAAAUCAAGGAAGUCAAAUCUAUUCCAUGUGUCAAGCCACUCCGAUGUGUUUGCGUUUCCCCGCAUUCCCAGGCCCUCUCCUGUUCCAACCCCAGCUUUACUUCUCUUUUUCACUUAAUCACUCAACAAGAAGCGUAUUCCAUCAAGUCCAAACAACGGUGAAAAUAUACAAAUCUCAUGCAUUUCUCAACUUGUCCAAACCUGAAGCAAAGGAAGAGGAAAGCCAACUCUGCUGCCCAAAAAAAGAUUUGCCCAACUGGAUAAGGGGCAGCAAUGAUAUCUGAGUGAUGCCGUUGAAUAAAAUCAGAUGGAAUGGUAUUA